UGUGUGCAAAUUGACAACAACAUUUAUGAUUCAUUAAUAUCCAUUUAUGAUGAAAAUCAUAUAAAAUGGAUGAAACAAAAGAACGUCUAAAACAAUUAAUUGAUUUUUUUACCGGUCAUUAUUUGACAUGUUUAAAUCAACAAAAAGCCGAAAAUGAUAGUGUCAAUAAUGACCAACGACAACAACACUCAACAUUUGAUUCCGAUCAAAUAAAAGCAUUUAUUGAUGAUAUAUCGUCAACGAAUAUUGUCCAAACUGAUGUUGAGCAAUCAUCACAGCCACAAUCAUGGACAACAUUCUUGGAAAAUGCAUCUUCAUCAACAACUUCUUCCGGUGGUAUAGGUGUCAAAGGUUUAAAUACCGGUGCCAUACAACAAACAAAUCCGCCCAUAUCUCGUCAAGAUAUGGAAUCAUUAAUUAAAACAAUGGAAUUGUGCAAAAAAAACAUGACUCAUUUUGCAACAAGUGAACGCCUAUAUCUAAUGCCUUUGAUGACCUUAUGCGGACAUGUACUUCUUACCGAAACUCAUCUUAUUUCACGUACCUAUUUAUCGAUAGUAUCAGAAAUAUUGGUCUACAUCUUGCAAUUUUCAUUGAAUGAAAUUUCUCUCUAUAACGACGAUGAAAAUAAUUAUAUUGAAUUCAAUGUACAAUAUCUACAGCAAAUCAGAAAUAUUGAGAAAUUGAAUGCUGACACCGAUGAGUAUUAUCGUUAUUUUCUCAAAUAUCGUUUGAUUCGAUUUUUGAACUUUAUGUUAUUGGAUGAUAAUCAUCUUGAAAAGGCAUCAAAAAAUAAUGUUCUAACUCAACAUGAUCUAAUAUCAUUGUGUCGAAUGUUACGUAUGAAAUCGAUGCCUGAUACAUUGCGACUACAUUCAUCUGUUAUGAAUGUGGAUUCGGAAACCUCAUCGCCUUCAACCACUGAUAUUAUUCAAUCAUCAUCUGUCAAACGCAUACGAUUGACACAAAGCCUGUUAGAAAGAAAUUCUAAGGAAGAAUUUUUCGAUCAACUAUUGACACCGUUUAUUUUUUCAAACACUGCUGCGAAUCAAUCGAUCGAUGCGGCCAACAUUUCUUCAUCAAUUUCAUUGAACCAACAAACACCCGUGCAAAAAGCAUCGAUUACAACUUCUGCUGCUACUGCUGCUGCUACAAUUAUUACGCCAACAUUAUUAUCAUCAGCUGCUACUAAUGAAUCAUUUUCAAAACAAUCAAAUUUAAAUUCUGUUUUUUCAACCACAAAACAUCAAUCCGUACAACAGAUACGUUCUUAUCUGAUUAGCCAUAAUCAAAUGUAUUUUCAAUAUAUUGGUGGUUCAACUUCAAUAUUAAAUCUGAUCAAUAAUUAUACAUUGUUACGUCCGUAUCUAUUACAUUUAUUGGCCAUUGAAGAGGGUGCUAAUCUUCGUCUACAUCGUUUGGAUGGUGCACAUUUUGAUCUGAUCUGUGAUUGUUUAGUUGCCGAUAUUGAACUAGUUGAUAAUAUAUUCAUGUUGGAUCAUCUUCUGGAACCGUUAAGCUGUGAUCGUAUAUCGAAAAUGAUAGUACUUGUUCAAGCUGCUUUAAUGGCUUGUCUUUCAUUAAUUUCCUAUGCGAAUCAAAUUGAUCAAUCGCAAUUAUUAUCAGUAGCUACUAUUUCUUUGGCUGAUCCUUCCGAAUUAACUCGAUCUGAACGCUUGACAUUUGAUAUCAUCGAGAAAAGUUUAUCAUUAUACGAUAAAGUUUUUGAUAUUUUUCGCCAUUCAAAUCGUGUAGCCGGACAAAUUAGCCAGAAUGCUCAUAUGUUCACCGCUUGGCUACUCUUUACCGGUUUACAAAUGAUUUUGAAUACAAAACCUACUGCAUCGAAUAAACGUCAACAAGGUUAUAGUUUCCUUUGCAUACCGUUGGCUAAGCAUGCAUUAAAAUUGAUGUCACUUUUAUUGAAUGAUCUUCAUCUUGAAUUUGGCGAUCAAACUAACAAUAUGCUUGAAGAACAAUUGGAUGAUGUUGAUGAUUCCAGUGGUCAUAAAAAUAUUCAUGAGCUUAAUUUUUUCAAAAAAUUCUCCUUCAAUGUUCAACCAUGUCCAUCAACUAUGGGUAGUGUCACUACAACACCUGCGACAACACCGGCCGAAUUGAGUCCAAGUUCAUCUCGUACAUCGAUACCAACAUCGAAUUCCAUGACCACCACAUCAUCGGGAAAUAUUCGUACGAUGAAUGCUAUAUUCAAAUAUAACAAAUUUGGUCAUUAUUCUGCCUGGCAAAGAAUUGAUAUGAUUGUAUCAAGUAAUUUGAAUCUCAUUCAUUUGCUAUUCAGCUAUUUAUCUGCCGGUUAUCGUCGUGCAACAUUAUUACGUCAUUCACUUGGUAAAUUGACACUCGAAUCGAAUGCUAGUUCAAGAAAUGAACAAGAUGUACAAGAGGAUGAAUUCACAUCGAUUGUAAGAAAAUUCAUUGAACAGCACCAACAAAAUAAUCGUUCAACCAAUAGCAAAGAUGACGAUGAAGUUUUUGAAGAUGAUGUACAUAUGCAACAUUCAUUUUUUGAAACAUUUAACGAACAAUUCAAUGUUAGCAGUGAAAAUAAAGUACAAAUAUCAAAACAAACAUCGGAUUUGAAGACAAUGCUUGAACGUGAUAUCGAUAGUCAUUAUGAACUAGUCAUAUCGAUUUUGGGUCAUCUUAACUAUUAUUUUAUAUGCUCGACGAUUGAUGCACUAAGAUCUUAUUUUAAACAGAUGCUUACCGAUGCUCAAUUGAUUGUAUUAGCCCAUGUUAUUCAAGAUUUAGAUUCUGAAAUGGAUAAUGUUCAAACACUAUCGCCUUUGUCAUCACGAACAUUUUAUCGAUUUUCCACUUCAUUAACAUCAUUGAUGCAUAAUUUAGUCGCCGUACAGAUACUUUCUGAUGAACAACAAAAUUCUUUGCUUGCCUAUCUUGGUUUUAAACCAAGUCUCGAAUCGGAUUGUUCAUGGCCAUUACAUCAUGGUGUACGCAGUUUGGCUAUUUUGGCACAAAUCAUAUUGUUACGACAGCAUAAAGAACAAGAAGAUAUAAAAUGUGAUUUUAAUUCCACAACCAUUCAAAUAUGGCGAGGUUUUAUCAACAAACUUAAACAAUCAGCUCUUUCCUUCAAAGGCGAAGUAGCAUUUUUCAAUCGCGAAUGUCCUGAUUUCCAAGAAGAUUUAAAUGUUGAACAUGCUCAACUGAUGUUGUUUUUGUUUCACAAUCUUAAAUUGCUUCAACGAAAACAUGUAUUUUCAUUGGUUGGAUUAGCACUGAAUGAAAUAUCGAUUAAAUUAUCUGCUAAUAAAUGUUCAAUAUCUGCUGCACAGAUUCUAUACAUUGGCCGUAUUUUACAUCUAUUUGAAUAUAUGUGUAAAAAUCUAUACGAUACACCGGCCUAUCUUUUUGAACAGAUUAGUCACAACUUAUUAAAUGUCAACCUCAAUAAUGAUCAAACAGGUUCGAUUCGUAUGCCACCAAAAUCAAAAGAAGAUUUUAUCAAAGUUAAAUUGGAAAAAUUACAAAAAUGUCCAGAUUCAUUUAGAAACAUAAAAUUUUUUGCUGAUAAAAAAUUGGAUCUAAAUUAUUUCAGCCAUUUGAUUUCAGAUUAUCGAAAUCCGUCUUUAUCCUCGUUAAAGACAACGGUGGAUAAUCUAAACAAUUUGAAUGUAUUCGAUUUCAUCAUACAUCCUCGAUUCUAUCACCUAAUGGAUGUUACCAUAACGACACCGAAAUGUUCAUCACUGCGAAAUUUCAAACCAAAACUUGAUGGUAUUGCCUGUAAUUUUAUGCUUGCUGGAUUUCAAUCACUUUCUUAUGACCAAUUUUACAAUUCUUUAUUAAAUCUGUGGCGAUUUCUUGGAUAUCAAUAUGAUUUUGAUUCACGUCAAAGCCAUCAGAGUGAUCAUCAAAAUGAAGAUGGAAAUCCGAUGGUGUUACGUUAUCCGCAAUUUGGCUUGUUUGGUCUUUGUGCUAUGGAUUAUACAUUCGGCACUUUGUGGCGUCUAAUGAAUCAGUUGCCACCAAGUUUACAAUAUCUCAGUGAUAUUGAAUCGAUGGUUGAUUCAUCAGUUGAAGAUGAAUUGAAUUCUUUUGUUUCUAUUGAUGCUGCUCGUAUAUUGAACAUGUGUAUAUGGUUACCACGUUUCGAAAAUAAUCGACCUAUUUGUCAAUGGGUUUCCGAACUACUUGGUAAACAAGGUGAUACUAAUUCGAAUGAUAUCGAGAUGAUAAUCAAAGAUAUGGUACGAAAAUUCAAUUCUUUAAAGUUCAACUAUCAACUAUUAAAGUGUAUCAAUUGGUCAUUUUUUCGUUAUACACAAUCCACUUCGAAUGAUCCUACAUUUUUCAAAAAUAUUUUACUUACGCAACAAUCACAGCUCUUGCCUCUUCAAUCGUAUCAGUUUCCGAAAUUUUUUACUUUAUUCACUAUGGAUAUUUAUCUGGAACGAUUAAUAUUUUUGUUUCAUGAGGAAUUUAAACGAUCAUCAAAAAAUCGAAACGAAGAUGAUUCACAAAUGUUAAUGGACAAAUAUCUAUCCUUGAUGCUUGGUCUAUUUGAUAAGAUACAUCAAGAGAUUAAUGCCGUCCUACUAUAUGAUGGGCCAUUAUCACAAGCUGGCCGUAAUAAUUCAGCUGACAUGCAAUAUCUGUUUUAUCGUUCGAUGGUGAAUAUCUGCUCAUCAAAUUCAUUUGAUUCUCAUUUAUCGGAAAUUGCCUCAAAUAUUAUCGAUUAUCUGCCACAGUCAAUCGUAUCGAAAAUCGAUCAAUGGGAUCGUAUUCAUGUUAAUAGUGAUUGUAAUAUUACUGAUCAAGAAUUACCAGCAUUGUUACAAAAAGGCGUUCUUUUUGAAAUUCCUUUGAUCGAAUUGGCGAGCCGUUCAACAACCUCUUCGUCUUCACAAUCAAAAACCAAAGCAAAUCAUCUUUAUCAAUUGUCAGCAUUUAUUAAUGAAAAAUGUGCUAUCGAUAUGCCUACAGUAACAUCGGUAGAUACGGGUGAUGGAAAUAUCACAUGGAUUAAACUAAAACAAUUUAUGUUUAGAUUAUUUAAAUUCACGGAAUAUAUCUAUUCACAAAAAGAUUGUCCACAACAAAGUGAUCCAUUUGUUACAUGUUUAAUGCUACAAUCGAAUCUUGUAUCCAAUUCAUUGGUAUCUAAAUCAUCAUCGAUUAAUCAUCAAACAUCGGUGACAUAUCAAAUCUUACACAAAUUAUUUGCCAAUCAUGAUCAAACAAAAAUAGAUAUUGAUCCAGAUUCAUACAGUUUUAUACUUUAUCCAUAUUUUAUUGGCAACGCAUUUUUUAUUCUAUCCGUUUUCAAUCACCCAUUAUUCAUCGAAUUGAAAAAAAUGGAUCAAUUAAAAUUUGUCAAAAUAUUUCAAUCUGGUUCACCAAUAUUUUUCCGGUUUUUCGGAAAAAUUCUCAAGCAUUCAUCAUCUGGAGUAGCAGCAUUUGAAGAAUUUCUUGGUAAUAGUUCACCGAAAACGCCUACUGGUCUUAUACAACAGCAGCAACCAUUGUUUUCAGAAAUGAAUUAUAGCCUAUUAGAUUUGAUCAAAGUUACUGAACAUCCAUUGAUCACAUCUAAUUAUGCUGUGGACAUAAUGAAAUUGAUCAAAACAUUGUAUUCACAAACGGAAAAAUCUGCCGAAGAUAUUGGUUUAAUUCGUCUCUGUGUCAGAUUAUCAGAUGAAUUACUCGAUUAUCCAAAUCGUAUUCAAUUGUUGACCCAUUGGUUUCGUCUAGUUUUGUUCAAACGUAUUAAUGAUGAUGAUGAUGAAAAUGAUGGUGGUGGUGAACGAUGUGAAAAAACCAAAUCAAAUAAUCAAUCAUAUUAUAUUGAUGAUUCAUGUAAUGCCAAUCUUUAUCUAUUUUUUAAAUUCAUUUGUAACAUUAUCAAAGGCCCUGGUCGAAUGGAUGAAGCGGUACUCGUAUCUGUAGCCGAGGCUACUAUUCAAAUUGUUCAAUCAUUGUUGAAUGAUACGUGCAUCACUUAUUCGAAUAAUACGUUCCUAUAUUUUUCGGGUCUUUUCACCAGUCUUGUUUAUUUAAUUUCAUCCACUGGUAAUUUCGAUCACGAAUACAUACCGGGCAAACCGAUAUAUGGACAUUUUCGAUUAAUUAAUGAAGUAAUGAAAUGGCUUCAAAUGAUAAAAGAUCAUCUUUGUAAUCGAGAAAUGUUGAACAAAAUUGAAUCAUCAUCGAUUGGCAAUGGAAAACAACGAUUUUUACUUGAAUCCAGUUAUCAGAUGCUUGCCUAUAUAUCUGAUAUAUUCAAUGCAUUGGAAUAUAGAUAUGUUGUUCUUAAAAAUCGUAAAGAUGGUAGUUGUGGUGAAGAGGAUAUUAAACAGAAAAAAGAAGAUGGUAAAAUAAAAUCUUCAUCAAUUUCAAAUCGAUUGUUUAUAGAUGAUGAAUUUGAUGUUGAUAUUGAACAUUCUGCCAUAAUCGAUACCGAUGAUGAAAUGGAUCUUGAUUAUGAAGAUGAAGAAGAUUUAGCUGGACAAUUAUGUACAUUUACACAGACAGCUAAAGAUUUCAUCAAUCAACAUUGGUAUCAUUGUCAUACCUGUAAAAUGUUGGAUGGUGUUGGUGUUUGUACAGUAUGCGCAAAAGUUUGUCAUCGAAAUCAUGAUAUAACCUAUUCAAAAUAUGGAUCAUUUUUCUGUGAUUGUGGUGCGAAAGAAGAUGGUUCAUGUAAAGCAUUAAUAAAACGUCAACUAAAUACGAAUGAUCAGGAUAAAAAAAUUUUGAAAAAACGUAAUCCACAACAACAUCAUCAAACGGUAGCAUCAACUUGCAGUAAAUCUGGUCAUCAAUUAGAUAGUAAAAAAACUACAUUCACCGAUAAAAAACGCGCCUUACGUAUCUCGAAAUAUUGGUAUACAUCAAUAUAUUCGCUUGAAGCACAUCAAUCAAAAUUAUCGGAUAAUUAUAAAAUGUUACGUAAUAAAUUCUCAGCCAAUCCAAUGAUUGUACAAAAUUAUGAACGUUUUGGUUUGAAAUAUGAAAAUCUUGACAAUUAUAGUUCAUUGUUUAUGUCAUAUAUCGUACCGUUAUCGGAUACUGUCAUUUCUCUUGUCGAAUUUUUCGUACCAAUUUUGCAGAAUUUUUUCGAUAUAUACUCAGAAUUGGGCUUUUUAAAGAAUAUUCAAAAAUCAUUUGAUGCUCUUCAUAGUUCAACAAACUCAUUGCAUCUGGAAAAAUGUGAACAAUUAAUGGUUGUUCAAAAAUCUUGGCAAGAUUCAGUUAUUGAAAAUGUUCAAAUGACAAAUGAUCAAUCACAUUCGACUAGACAUUCAUCCAUCUCAACCGGUUCAGUUGUACAUUAUCAAUCAAUGUUGGUUAUCGGCGCUAAUGCUUAUAACAAUUAUUUCUCGAAUCUAUCUCAACAACAGUUACCUUCAACUUAUCCAUGUUUGUUGGCCGUUGCACAUGAUAAAAAUCGUUUAUCAAUUAUACAACUGAAUCAAUUACUUGGUCAAGUUUAUUCAAAUUCACGGAAAAAAUUGAAUCUACAAAAAAUUGCAGCCAUAUCGUUUCCUUUCACAAUAACGACAAUAUCGAAUAAUCCAUUGAAUGAUGAAUUGAUAGCUAUAGCCGGUCUCAAAGAAUGUCAUAUUCUUACCCUAGCUGCAAAUGGAGCAAUUACCGGACAUUAUCCAUUGUCAAUGUCAUUUGAUAAUAAUAAUCAUAUAAUCAAAACAUUUUGGUUUCCUGAUCGUCAUACAGAGUUGGCUGUUGUAACAUUGGAUUUUAUCAAAAUUUAUGAUUUAUCGAUGGAAAAUCGUGAUCAGCCUAUUUAUAAUUUUGUAAUCACUCAACGAAAAAUUCGUGAUAUCACUUUUUUCUCAUGUAAAGAUCGUAAUGGUGAAACCAAACGUUUUAUACUAAUAUUUUCGAGUCGUGGCCAUAUUUAUGCUGAAGAAUUGAAUGCAGAAAGAAAAUGUUCAUCAUCAAAUGAUGUAUUUUAUGUUACAUCAACACUUAACGUUUCAUAUCCAAAACAUUGGAAUUCAAAUAAUCCACCAACAGUAGUCGGAUUUUCCAUUUAUUAUUCACAUUUAUUACAAAUGUUAUUUGUUAGUUUUAUUACCGGUUGCUCAUUCUGUGCACCAUUUGGCAUAAAAAACAUCUAUGAUCAGAGCAUUACAAAUGUUACAUCAUUGGAUUUACAAUCAUCGAAACAAGAUUCAUUGUCAACCAUGCAACCAGAUCAAUCAUCUUCAUCAUUAACUUCUCCACCAAUUCAAUCACAGCAGCAACCAUUGUUUCAGUGGACUGAAGUUUUACAACAUCCUGGUCUCAUUUUCGCAUUAACCCAUACGAAUAGUCCUGUUUGUUUCAUGAUUGAAUCGAAUCGUAUAAAAAUUCAAGAAUUGAAACCAAAGAAAAAAAUUAUUGAUUUUGUCGCGAUUUCUACUCAAUUCAAUGAUCAAUAUCAAUCAAAAAUUACGACAUUAUUAUCAUUAUGUGAUGAUGGUUCUUUACGAUUUUAUCGUUCUGUACAAGAACAAACUAAUUUCUGGCUUAAACCGGAAAUUUAUAAUCUUGAUGAAAUACCCAGCUUUCAAUCAUCGAUCAUUACAAAAAGUAGUGGGUCAAAAUCAUCCUCACGUGCCGGUUCGAAUGAACCUCAACAAACAUCUACAGCAACGACAUCGAAUAAAUCAAAUCCUCAUUUUGCUGUAGAUUUUUUCGAAAGAUGUACAUUGAUGAAUGAUAUUGAAUUUGGUGGAUCCGAUGUAUUGGAAGUGUAUAAUGUUCAACAAAUAAAAAAUCGCCUAAAUUCAACCAAUAUGUACAUUGCUUGUACAAAGCCGAAUGGUUUCAGUAUAACAGUUACACAAACCGGUUCGUUUGAUUUGGUAAUGGCUGGUGUACGAGUUAAUCUUGGUGUAUGUGAUCCAGCACGUGCGCCUACAGCUAUUGAAGUAUUUGGUCGCACCGUUUGGGUAGCUGUCAAUCGUCAUCGAUGGUUCGAUAUACCGUUUACACGAUCUGAAAUGAAAAAAUUGAUCGAAACAAAUACUCUCAGCAUACGAUUUGCUCCUAGUGGUGAUCCAAAUCAGGUAACUAUUGUUGAUUCAAUUCGUGUUUAUGGUCGUCUUCGUGAUCUUGUUGGACUACCAUCUGUGAAUGAAGAAGAAACUACAGCGGCACUUGCCAAUAUUAAUAGAACUGGUACUGCAUCAUUCGAUGAUUUACGACGUAAAUUAAUACAGUCAACAAUGCAACCACCAUCAUCUAUGUCGAUAAAAUCACCGAUUCAAAAGUUACGUUUGCUUCUAUAUGCUCCAAGUAUCACAGAUGAUGAAUUGAUAGUCGCAAUGAAAUCAAUGAAUCAUUCUAUCAUUGUUUUAAAUCGUUUAGUUGCGACUUCAUUAGAUGUAUUGGAUUCAUUAAUAUCGUUCACGAAAUCAACAUCAGAAAUGAACGUUGAUCAACAACCGCGAUCAUCAUCGACAAUAAUUUGGAUAAUGGCUGCACGUGAACUAAGUAAUGGACAAGAAUUUAAGCAAAAAUGUGAAACCGCAUUAUCUAUCGCUUCGAAACUAUUGACCAUAUCUUUGAGUAAUCGUCUGGAUAAAUCAAUUUGUAUGGUAUUGACAAAAUUAUUCCCAUCACGUGCUCAAUAUGAUGAACAUCGUGGUGAUAUUCUUUUCGAAAAUGGCAUCGAAAAUCUUAAUCAUAUAGAUGAUAUUGAUGUAUUUCGUUAUUAUUUAUUGUGGUUCCGUGAAAAUGUACAUGAAUAUCCUAAAAAUUUUAUCCGUUUCAUACUAAAAUAUUUUAGUAAAAAUUCCAAUGAUCCACAUACUUCGACUGUACAGUUUUGUUGCUAUCUUGUUGAUUUAUUUCAUCGUCUUUAUUUACGCCGUCCAUCAAAUGAUUUGAUUAGUCCAUUGAAUAUGGUCGGCCAUUACCAUGGUUUGGAACAAUUAAUCGAUUCAUUGGUAUUUAUUUUACAUUCAUCAACAUAUGCCAUCAUAUCAAUAACCGGCUCUUUUGAUCAACAAAAUGAUAAUCAACAGAAAGUGAUAAAUAAAUGUUCUCAAUUAGUCGUACAAAUGCUUUGUUCUCUGGAUCCGCGAAUUUCUUUUGCAACGAAAAAAACCUUGCUAAGAAUUUUAUAUUCAAUUUCAAGCGGUGUUUAUCGUCAUCAUAUGGAAAGGCAAUCAUCGAAUAAUCGUGCUUUAACAUCAUCAGCAUCAAAACAAUCAAAUUCAUCAUCGUCUUUCAAUGGUAAAUCGGAAAGUCAUCGUGAACGACGGCAUUCCGCUCGACAUUCUGCUGAUCAUCGUAAUCAAACUACAGCUAAUGUAUCUAUUAAUCAUCAAGAACCAUCAACAUCAUCAGGGUCAUCAGGUGGAAGCUUAUUACAUCGACAAGGUGCGACAAGACGUUCACGAUCCUCUGGACUUAGUUCUAGUUGGUGGACUACAACCAAUCGACCAGAUACAUCAUCAAAUACAAAUGGUGGUGGUAGUGGACGUAGUGGUCAAGGAUCAGGAUCUCUAUUUGGAUCAUUGUCAAACCAAAGACAUAGUACAGCAUCUGCAAGCCUUUUGGAACGUGUUAGCGAAUCAAUAUUAGAUACGAAUUUUGAUCCAUAUCAAAAUCUUUUACUUAACAUCGAUAGUGAAUUUCCAUAUUUCCAAGAUCUUAUGGCCAAUCUUCGUCGUGAACAUCAGGAACAAAGUGAACAAGAAAUAUUUGAAUCAAUCACAGGUGAAGAUGAUGAUGACGAUGAUGACGAAGACGAAGAUGAUGAUGACGACGAUGAUGAUGAUGACGAUGAUGAUGUAGAUGUAGAUGAAGAUGAUGAAGAAUUAGAUUUAGGAUCGAUUUCACGCAUGCCAGAAAUUUCCGAUAACAAUGGUGCUCUAUCCGGCGGUAGCUCAUCUGCUCCCCCUCCAUUGUUUCCAAUAAAUUCUGGUUCAAAUGGUGCUAAUGUACAACAACAUCAACAAUCCAUACCGUUAGAAGAAGUGUUAGAGGUUGAAAAUGUACCCGUUGAUGAUGAUGAUCACGAUGAUGAUGACGAAGAUGACGAUGAUGAUGAAGAAGAUGAAUUUGAAGCCAUGGAUGAAGAUGAAAUGAUGGAAAUAGCUAUUGCAUUGAGUUUGGAAGAACAACAACGAGGAGCAAGCGGUGGUGUUGAAUCAGGAUCAAUUGAAAUCGAUAAUGAAAGGCAACAGCCAAAUCGUACCUUAGAGGAAAUAGUUGCUGAUUACCAACGGCAGCGUAUACAGCGACAACGGCAACGAAAUCAGCAGCAACAAGGUUCAUCAAGUAAUAUUUUGCCGGAUGAAGAUGAAGACGAUAUUGUAAGGCAACAGCAAUCAAGUCAGGAACAUCAUCAAUCAUUACAACAAUCUGACCCAGGUCAAGCUUGUUCACAUUAUUCUGUUCAUUCAGAAUCAGAUGAUGAUGAUGAAGAAUUAUUUGAUGAUGAAAUUAAAUUGGCAGAUACAACUAUGGAAUCAAUUGAAGUAGAAGAAGAACAUGAAUUUGAUGAUGAUGAUGAUGAAUUGAUUUCAAUGGACGCAUCAACUCAAUCAUUGAAAUGUACGAAACAGAUUUCGAAAUCCAAUGAAGCAAUCGCAAAUAAACGUUGUAGCAGUGGACAACCUGUAUCUUCUUCUGGAACAGGUGCUAGUUCUUCUACUCUGCUAGUAGCUGGUCAAUCUCAUAAACAAUCAUCAAACACAAGUGAUGGUCAACAAACAAAAUCCAAAGAAAAAGAUUCAAAAACACAGCAAAAAGAAAUUCUAAAGAAUAGAAAACGACUUCGUCGAAUGGUAGCCAGUAAAUUUUGUUUAGCUUUAUUGAAACAAAUGAAUCAAUCAUUCGAUGAUGUAAUCAAGUUGAAUGGCAUGCAGGCAAUUCCGUUUCUACAAGUUCUAACUAUACUUACCGAUUUUAAUUAUACCGAAUCUGAUCAGAAAGAAUUUGCUUCCAUUUUCAAUGAAAUCAUUAAAAAAUUAUUAUGUCAUUUGUUGAAUAAAUUGUCAAGUGAAGCAACAGCAAAUGUCCUGGAAUCGGCUCCACCAACUAGUGAUACGACAACAAGUCCGACACAUAGUAAAUCACGUGUCCAUAAUAAAUCUAUUUCACUAUACAAAGAUCGUAUUGAACAUAAAGCAGAAAAUGAAAUCCAUCUAUUGACAAUGCGAUUAUUCAAUAUAUUUUUAUCAUAUUUCAAACGUUUCCCAACGAUUACGUGGCAAGCAUUUUUAUCGAAAGAUCUACCGAUCAAUGAAAAUUUCCGUAAAUUGAUCUCGCCAUCACAAACUGGACAAAUAAAAUCUUCAACUGUAACAUUCAAUGAAGAUAGUAUUAAAGCUUCGAGUUUGACAACGGCUAUACAUCAAAGCCUUUUGUUAGCUGCUGCACAAUUGAUACAAUCCAAUACCAAUGUGUUAGACUACUGUUAUACAAUGUUGCAUCUCCUAUUGAAACAUUAUUGGCGACAAAUGGCAAUUCAAUCCGAAACAAAUGAAAACGAUUCAACAGAUAAUAAAGCAACAAUAAAAUCACAAGGAUAUGAUCGAUCUACGAUUGAAUAUAAUUCGAAGAAAAGUAUCUGCAUACCUGAUAAUCGAGUAUUGAAUUCAAUGUUUAUACCUACAGAUUUAAGGCCAUUUUUUACCAUAUUGCCUGAAGUUUCUGAACCAUCAUCCCCAGCACCAGUGGCUGCAUCAAAUCAGCAAUUAAAUUCACAACAAGCUCAAGAUACAUCCGGCAUUGUUGUUGUGAAUAAUGUUACCAAUUCUAGUAUCAAUCUAGCAAAUACUUGUACGGCAAUCAAUUCAUUUGUAUUUGCAAACAAUGCAUUUGUUCAUUAUCCGGAAUUAUUAACGGAAAUGUCGUUACGAAUGCCUUAUCAAUUGAAAAAAUUGAUUGUAUUCUUGAACGCUCAACAACAGCAAUCAUCGACCAAAAGCGAUGAUAACAAAAAUAAAGAUCCAAGUAUGGAUGCAGAAUCAUCACCAUCAUUACAGUCAUUGAAACCGAUUGUUUCAAUCGAUUUUAAUGUACAAUGGAUUGAAACAUUAUGUGAAUAUAUGAUGUUACCGACUGUAACACCUUAUAUUCGAAAACAAGUUCGAAAACUUUUAUCAAAUUUAUGUGGUUCAAAAGAACGUUACCGUCAAGUACGUGAUUAUUAUGCCAUCAAAACAAAUUUGCGUUCGGUUCGACGUAUUAUUGUCAUGCAUUUUUUCGAUCAUUCCUCAUCAUCAAAUAGUUCGAAUCCAAUGAAAAUUAAAUUACAAGAUUUAGGUAUAACUGAAGAAGAUCUUGAUGAUGAAGAACAAUUAGAUGAAUUGAUUCGUAUAAUCAUCACAACAGUUAUACAAAAUAGUGAAGAUAAAGCUAAUGUAAUGAUGUCAUCAGAUCAACAUCGUCUUUUGAAUCUUCCAUAUUCUCAAUUAAUCAAUCUUGUCGAAUAUCUGAAAGCUUGUCUGGAUAUUGCCUCUGCACGUGUGCAUAAUUGGCAACGACUUUGUCGUCAUGAAAUUCGUAUCAUACCAUUCUUGUUUCGAAUUUCAUUCCUAUUCGGUGAAGGAAUCUCUUCAAUCAUCUUGCAAUUAUUAAGCCUAGCAUUAUUUUCGUCAUCUGAUAAUAAAAAUCGAAAACCGGAAGAGAAAAAUCUAACCAACAAUCUAAUUUCCAAUGAUGAUAAAACAGGUGAAACUAUCAAAGAUGCAGGAAAGCCAUCCACAUCACACGGCAAUCAUCAAUCAUUCAUUUGUUGCUAUGUAUUUGUCGUAUUGGAUCGUCAUCUAUUUUCUCAUUUUAUUCGUUUCUUUUUACUGGAAUCAAAUUCAUCACAACAGCGUUGGGCUACUCAUUCAUUACUUUAUAUGUUCUAUGAAUCUUUGCAACCCGUUCAACAAGAGCAAUUUCUUUCUUUAUUCUGGCAAUUAUGGCCAAGUAUUGCCUGUUAUGGAAAACGUGCUUCACAAUUCGUCGAUUUAUUGGGCUAUUUUACUUUGUCUAUAUCAAAACUACAACAUUCUGAUCAGAAUUCGGCUCGUUUACAAGUAAACACAGAACGUUCAUAUGCUGAUUCUGCCAUCGGUUUGCUUCGUUAUCAGAAUCAAGUUCUAGCUCGACAUCCAAAUUCCAAUAUUUAUAAUUCUUUACAAUCAUUAUUGGAUUUAAAUGGUUACUAUCUGGAAACGGAACCUUGUCUCAUUUGUAAUAAUCCUGAAGUAGAUUUUGUAGCCGUUAAACUUUCUGCAAUGAAAUUAGAUUCAAGAUUUACGAUUAAUACACAGAUUGUGAAAUUGAAUGGUGCGCAUACUAUAUCGAAAAUUACUGUGAAAAUUUCCGAAUUGAAAAAAUCAAAAAUGGUUAAAACAUUAUGCAUCUAUUAUAAUAACCGUUGUGUACAAUCGGUGGUAGAAUUGAAGAAUAAGAAUACUGUCUGGUUUAAAGCUAAACAAAUAACUUUAGCCCCAUCUCAAUCCGAAGUUAAAAUUGAAUUUACACUGCCUAUCGUCGCUUGUAACUUGAUGAUUGAAUAUAGUGAUUUCUAUGAACAAUCACAUCUCUCUACUGAAACAUUACAAUGUCCACGUUGUUCAUCGGUUGUAUUGGCCAAUCCGGGUGUUUGUACGAAUUGUGGUGAGAAUGUAUUUCAAUGUCAUAAAUGUCGUGCCAUCAAUUAUGAUGAAAAAGAUCCUUUUCUUUGCAAUUCUUGUGGUUUUUGUAAAUAUGCCAAGUUUGAUUAUGUGCUCACUGCAAGAUUUACGGCAUCCGCUGUCGAAUCUAUCGAGAAUGAAGAAGAUCGAGCAAAAGCUGUACAGACCAUUAAUGCGUUGUUGGAUAAAGCUGAUCGAUUAUAUAAGAUUAUCCUAUCAAUACGGCCAACAUUGGAGAAUCUACUAUUAUUCUCACAAGAUUAUCAUAGUACAUUAUAUGGUAGUGAUGGAAGCGGUAUGGAUGGAACUAAUUAUGGUGGCGGUACAAAUGUGGUUGCAUCUUCAUUACAAACAUCCUCAUCAAUUAAUAGUUCAUCUUCUUCAUCAGUAUUGGUCAAUCGAUAUAUUCAUCAAUUAGCAUCACGUUAUAGUAAUGAUUGUCGUGUACAUUUUGAAGAACUGUCGAAAAUCGUGCAAAAAAUUCUAUACACACGAAAAGAAUUGGUGGAUUAUGAUAACCGACAAAAUGAUAAUCGCCAUAAUUUGGAUGAUAUUAAACGUCUUUUACAGGAGCAUCGUCAGCAACAAAACGAUAUGAUCACCAGAACAUUUGGCGGUUCAACCACAUCAUUAUCGUCAACAUCAUCAUCCACAUUGGUUGAUAUUUCUAUUGCUGCGACAUCAACAUCAGCUUUAUAUAAGAAACAACUUGGUAAACAAGAAAUGACAAUAGAUGAAUAUUAUCGAGGUGUUGAAACUAAAAAGAAACGAUUAUCGAAUGAAGAUGAAGGAACUUUGAUGAUGAAUUUCAAAUCUGGUCGUUGUUAUGGAUGUGCAAGUGCUACGAUUGAACAUUGUAUUAUCUUACUUAAAGCUCUCGUGCAUAAUCCACGUUAUAAAACAAUUUUUAGUUCAUCAAAUUUAUUCCGUGAAUUAAUUGAUUAUAAUCUUCGUAUUGGCACACCAUCUUUUCGAGCAAAAGUUCGUGCAUUGUUGUGCCUUUUGAUAAAAGAUGAUUUGGAAAUCACUGAAGAAUUUAAUAAUUUAUUGCUCGAAAAAAUUGGUUCCGUAUUGCAGACUCGAUUUAUGACUACAUUUGAUUUCGGUUCUAUCCGACACGAAAUGUCAUUGUUGGCUACAUCAUUUGAAAAUGAAGACAAUUGUUGGGAACAACGAUUACGAUGUGUAAUGAAAUUGUUUCUAUUGUCAUUGCAGAACAAAUCACCAGCUGUACUUGAAGCAAUUACAUUGCCUUGUCUUCGUAUCUUAUACGGUUUGAUUGUUAAACCAGCAUUGAAUGAUCCGAAAAAAUCUGAUCAAUCAAAAACAAUACAAUCAUCUGCUAAUAUAGUCGAACAAUUAGCAUCCGUACAAUCAACAAAUUUAUCUUCAUCUAAAAAUUCGAUACCAACACGAAUUCCGUUCGAAUCAUUAAAUGUCAAAGUCUCAGUGGAUCUUUAUCAUUGGAUCUCAUCUGAUUCACAAACAGCUUCAUUUCCAGCAUGGCAACAACGAAAUAUGAAAAUUCCGUCACGUUCAUCUGAAACGGUCAUUGAUUCAGUGGUGAUAACUGAAUAUAACGAUUAUCUACAGAAAAAAUAUUUUGCUCGCUGGUUAUAUCUACAUCAAACUGGACAGAUUCGAAAUUUAAAAUCUGAAUGCUUUAUUAUACGAAUUGCAAGUUCAACAUGGAUUCAAGAAGUUUUAUUCAAUCCUACAUCAAAAGCAUUACGAAUAGCAUGCCGACAAUUAUUGAUGGCCCUGUUUGAACGUCUGACAAGUAAACAACGUAUAUUGAUCGAUUUAUUUACAUCUUUUUUGGAUGAUCUUUGUCAUGUUGGUGGUGAAAUCGGUCUGGAAUUUUAUGAUCUAUAUCGAUCUAUCGUGUUCAGUGAAUUUAGUGCCAAGACAAUUAACAUUGCAAAAAAUAACCAUUGGCGAUAUUAUUUGACGUUUUGUGGUUUGCUUCAACAUCUUGGUCAAUUAAUAUCAACCGAAAUUGAUCGUCUGAAACAGUUGGAAGAAUCCACUUUGAGUUCGGAUUUUUCUCAAGGUUCAGCUUUGCGGCAAUUAGUGGAAUUGAUGCAAUUAUUUAUGCGUGAUGAACGUAUUCGUCGUGUGCAUAAAUCAUCGAUGGUCGGUUUUGUUUUGGAUGGCUAUCUUUCCUUACGAAAAUUGAUAGUACAACGAACAAAAAUGAUUGACGAAACACAGGCUGCAUUGUUAGAAUUAUUGGAAUUACUUACAACUGGUACCCGUGCUGAAACAAUAAAUUUUAUGAAAGUUUGCAUUGAAUCAGUGAAAAAAUGCACCCUCCAAGAUUUAAGAACGCCGGUAUUCAUAUUCGAGCGUCUUUGUUCGAUUAUUCAUCCUGAAGAAAAGGAUGCUGAUGAAUUUUUUAUUUCAUUGGAAAAAGAUCCACAACAGGAAGAUUUCUUACAAGGCCGAAUGUUGGGAAAUCCAUAUAGUUCAAAAGAUUCUGGUAUGGGACCGCUGAUGCGUGAUAUAAAGAAUAAAAUCUGUCAAGAAUGUGAAUUGGUUUCAUUGUUGGAAGAUGAUUCCGGUUUAGAAUUGUUGGUCAAUAAUAAAAUUAUAUCAUUGGAUUUGUCGGUUAAAGAAGUUUACAAAAAAAUUGUUUGUGCCGAUGCACAAGUUGGACAACAACAAAAUCAACAGCAAGCAAGCGGACAUUCAUGGGCCGGAGGAGCAUUCAAUCUUAAUUCAGAAAUUUCACUUAUCGAUACUCUCGCUGUUAAUGCCUUGCAAUUAGGCGCAAAUCUGGCUGUGGCUUCUGGAUCUGGCAAUUUGACUAAUCAAUCUAUCAAUGGGCCAACAAUGAAAAUUAUCUAUCGUAUACGUGGUCUGAUGGGUGAUGCUACAGAAGAAUUUAUUGAAAAUUUAUCCAACAAAGAAUCGAUCGUUAAAGAUGAUGAAAAAUUGUUCGAAUUGGCCAAUAUUAUGUCUCAAUCAAAUGGCCUUAGUGUUAUGCUUGAACGGCUUCAGGCAAUACAAGAGAUUAAUAAUCGCAGUCGUAGUCUUUUGUUUGUACUACUAAAAUUAUUCGGAUAUUGUGUUCGUGUCAUCUCAAAUCGACGUGCAUUAAUUGAACCCGAAUUGAAUGCCAUAGGUAUCAUGUUGGGUAUUGUACGAUUAUUCCUUAAGAAUCCACAUGCCGAUCUAUUAACAUCACCAUCAUCGCCUGGCGAACCAUCAUAUUUUGAACAAUUAUUAGCCAUAAUGGAAACAUUAUUAGCCGAAGCAAGUAAAGAAGAAUUCGAUGUAUUCGAUCGUUUCAAUCGCGAAACUUGUGGUUCAUCUGAUGAUAUUCAAAUGCUUUUGAAUUCAGUAUCAUCACCGGAUUCAAUUAUUUUCAACAGUAAUGUUGCCUCACUAAACAAUCGAAUUUUGAGGGUUUUAACUUUUCUAUCCAUUGGUCAUUCUGAAAAAAUGUCUACAUUGAUUAAUAAUUUUAGGCCUUAUUUUGAAUUCGAUGAUUAUGACACGCAAAAUUUAUCAGUUGCUAAUCCCGAUCAUUGGUAUGAGCUUUUUUGUUCGCUUGUUUCCGCUAUCGAACUUAAUCAAAAUGGUGCACGAUUAAAAGAUCGUAUGAUUGAAGAAAGAUUUGUCUCGAUGGCCAUCGAAUAUCUUGUUCGUAAUGCACCGCCUAUGAAAAGUUUUGUUCUUCUUAAUUCAGAAGAAUGGAAGGAAUUCACAUCAAGACCAGCCUUAAAAUAUGUUCUCAAAAUGUUGACCGGUAUGUGUCGGGGACAUGAACGUACUCAGAUGUUGAUCACAAAAGAUGGUGUACCAAUAAUUCAUGCAUUGGAACAAGUGCUUUCGGAUUCACAUAUGGCAACAUUGGCGGAGCAUCUUAUGGAUGCAUUGAAAGAAAAUCCAUCAGUUGAAGCCAAAAUUCAAGAGAUUCGAUCAAAAACAAAAGAAGAAAAGAAACGUAUUGCAAUGGCUGUUCGUGAAAAACAGCUUGGUGAAUUGGGAAUGAAAGCCAAUGAUAAGGGACAAGUUAUGGCCGAUUCUGAUCUAUUGAAAAAAAUGGAAGGUGAAUUGAAAGAGGAAAAAGGUCUUGUAUGUUCAAUUUGUCGUGAAGGUUAUGCAUAUCAACCGCAAAAAGUUCUUGCCAUCUAUACGUUUACUAAACGUUGUAAUGUUGAAGAAUACGAAGAACGAAAACCUCGUAAAACAAUUGGUAAGUUUGAUUUAUCGAUUCUUUCAUUCCUGACACUAAUUUCAAAUUUAGGUUAUACUACCGUAACGCAUUUCAAUAUUGUACAUGUUGAAUGUCAUAUGGAUGCUGUGCGACAUGCACGUACUCGAGAUGAAUGGCAAUCAGCGUCAUUACAUAAUGCCAAUACACGUUGUAAUGGAUUAUUACCGUUAUGGGGUCCAAAUGUUUGUGAAUCGUUGUUCGCACAUGCAUUAUCCCGACAUAAUAGCUAUUUGCAAGAUGCUGUUGGUCAACGUGAUUUUGUUGGUACUAAUUCAUUCCUGGGAACCGUUCAUGAUUUGAAAUUAUUAUUACUUCGAUUUGCCAAUACACGAACAUUUUCCGAAGAAACUGGUGGUGGUGGCGCGCAAUCUAAUCUGUAUCUAACUCCUUAUCUAAUGCACACUGCAUUAUAUGUAAUGAAUACGACAAAAAUAACUGAUCGCGAACGCGCAGCAUUUGAAGAAUCAUUUAUGCGGCAAUCAACUUCGAAAUUAUUGGAAAGUUGUUUCCAGGUAGAAAGUCCAUUCUUUUAUUCAACAAUGGUCAUGCUGUUACAUCCACCAUCAUUUUGGCAACAAAAUCGUUUUUAUUUUCUCCGUCGCUUGAUUCUUUGUUCGAUGAUCAGAAGCUUACCAAAUGAUUCACGUGAUGUCGAAACAAUUUCAUCUAUGGAAUUGCCCGGUUAUUCAACCAUAAAACCCGCAUUAAUGUUUUUUGCAAUGAUCAAUCUUUUCUACACCGUUAUGUUCAAGUCUUUGGAAAUCAAAGCCGAUGACGAUUGGUCGCAAUCAUUGAUCAAUUAUAUACGGCAUAAUGAUCAAUCAUUGAUGGAAUCAGCCGAUCGUAUGUUGGAUACCUUUGAAAAUGACAUCUUACCAUCAGCAUCAUUCGAUGAAUAUUGUGAUGCAGCCGAUUUAUUGCGUGGAAUGAAUGCCAUCACCAAUCCCGAAGAAUUUCUCACUGAUACAUUAAGAUUAUCAUAAAAUGGCUGAACAUUGAAGCAGUGAACAUUAAAACAUUAAAUCAAAAUGUAUUUUUCUUACAUAUUUCCACACAUCCAAUUUUAAUCUCAUUCAUUUAAAAUUUUCAAAUU